CGCACUUACACACAAAAUCAGUAAUCCAGCGCGAACGUGAAUGCUCGUACAUAUAUGGCCGUUUAACCUCUGUUUGGCGUUAUAUUUUCCGACAAUCUUUAGUAAUACACCAUUUAACGAAGCCCCGCAGCUCUCGAUUAAAACCGCGCCACCUGCGCCUUGGUAACGGGAUCAAAAGUAGUCGAAAGUUUUCGACCAUGGCUCAGGUCAAUCCACGGGUCUUUUUCGACAUUGAAGUCGGUGGUUUGCCGAUGGGUCGUAUCAUAUUCGAGCUCUACGCCGAUGUAUGUCCGGAAACUUGUGAAAAUUUCCGCGCUCUCUGCACCGGUGAAAAAGGAUUGGGAAAAACAACAGGAAAACCAUUGCACUACAAAGGAAUCGUUUUUCACAGAGUUGUCAAAGAUUUUAUGAUACAGGGUGGCGAUUUUUCAGUCGGCAAUGGUACUGGAGGAGAAUCAAUUUAUGGUGGCACAUUUCCUGAUGAGAACUUCAACGUUAAACAUGGCAAACCAUUUUUAUUGUCCAUGGCCAACCGUGGCAAAGACACUAACGGUUCACAGUUCUUCAUUACAACGCAACCGGCGCCUCAUCUCGACAAUGUGCAUGUGGUUUUCGGCGAGGUUGUUUCCGGGCAAGAAGUCGUGUCGCAUAUUGAGGGACUUCCGGUAGAUCGUAUGUCGCGACCAUUACAAGACGCCAAGGUCGUCAACUGUGGAGAGCUCGUGUUGAAAGUGAAGAAUAAAGCUAAAAAACGAGAACCCAAGGAAGUAAGUUCUUCGGGUUCAGAGUCUGACUCUUAUUCCGGUAAGGGAAAGAAAAAGAAAAACAAGCGAAGCAAAAAAAAGAGUCGAUCGGAAGACGGUGAAAUUCAAGAUUCCGCCGACGAGGAGGACGCGAAAGUUCAUCCUCUCGUUUCCGUUACAAAAAUCGAUCCUGAUGAAAUUCCUGAAGUUCCUGCAAAUAAAUUCUUGUAUCGUGCUGGACCUACUAACAAUGCUAAUCAAAAGGAAUUCAGAACUCACCAUUACGGCAGAGACCGUUUACGGAGUCACAGGAAAGCUGGAAGAGUUUUCAAAGGACGCGGCGUUUUUAGAUAUCACACGCCGUCGCGAAGCCGUUCAAGGAGCAUGACCCCUCCUCAUUGGAAACAGGCGCAAAAUCGUACAAUCAAACUCCACGAAUUUCAAAAAAUUGAAAAAGAGCGUUUGAAAAGGGACGAUGAUAUCAAAAGCUACGAGCGUGAACCGGAAAGGAAGCGAAGAUUCGUGGAGGAUCCGAACGAGGCUGGCCAAGCGGGAGAUGGUGCGAGUAACAACGUUGAUCGAAUACCAGAGGAGGUUUUACGAAGAGAAAACAAUCAGUCAGCGUUGAUGAACGCAGGGGGCGAUGGCGGCGGGGCCCAGGAUCGGCAAAACGAACAAAAAAGCGUUGGAAGAAACGGCACUAAUGCUCAGGACCGAUUGGAGACAAAACGCAAGGAUAGCCGAAGAUCGCCCAAUCGGGAUUCGAACAGAGCACACGGAGACCGAUGGAACAGUAAUCGACGUGAUUCGAGAGAUCGUGGCAGGAGACGUGGACGAUCGAGAUCACGAGAUCGUCGGAGAUCUAGAGAUCGUGACAGCAGUCGUCGGCGCAGUCGGGAUCGCAGAAAUCGUCGGAAUUAUUCGCCGAGACGAGACUCUCCGAGGCACGAUAAAUCGACUCGGGAAACGUCCAAGCACCGGGAAAGGCGUUCGAAUGAUAAUAGAAAAGCGAGCAAUAAUGAAACACGUUGUAGUGAACCCCGCAAUGAAAAAAACAAAGAGAAAACGCUCGAAAAAUCUGGAGAAGUCUUGUCGGUUCAAGCUAAGUUCAAACGUCGCUCUCGCAGCUCGAGUUCAAGUAGCCGACACUCCAAAGACUAAACGAAGCUGGCGAUAAGCAAUAUUCGUUGUUGUUCAUCACGUUAGAAUGACUUCCUGUUGACGAUUAACACAACGAUGCGCAUUUCCCUGUUUCCUUUUGACAUUUUUUCUUUAGAACUCGAACAAAAUCACUCAUAAAAUUCUAUUCUGCGGUUGAAUGGUCAGGUAUUUAGUUUUUCUAAGGAUAAAUCAAAAACACGAUGUGCUUGGGAAAAGCACAACCGUUUUCAUAGCUCAACAUAUUCGUACAUCAACUGGAGAAGCCUAGAUUAUAUAAAAAUUUGACGAAAUUGGAUAAAAUAGGGGGAAAAGGCCCUCAUUUGGUAAAUUGAAAUUGAUAUAAUACGAAAAUCUUUUAUGACGCUGAAGUUUCCAACGUUGGAGUCCAACCAAAUGAUCGAAUAAAACCCUCUAAUAAUUCCAGUAAUUCUAUUUUGUUCCCUGCCAAAUUUGCGAUUCGUAGUUUUUCAAGCUGCACCAACGAUUCGUGAAAUAAAAAAUUGGUUAAUUAAAAACGUUUUUUUCGUUCAUUUCGUUGGACUCCAACGUUGCAAACUUCAGCGUCGUAAAUCUUUUGAAUUCUCACCAUGUCACACUUGACACCACACAUCGCGCUAGCAAGAAAUUCUUUAUUAGAAAUCUAUUAAAUUAUCAGCCAGGACUAAAAUUCAAAUUUUCUGACAGACGCAUGUGGUUUUAACAGUUGUAUGAUCCUUCGUUACGUCGUAGUAAUGAUUUGUUACAUCGAAAAUGUACGAAGCACGUUAAACAGAGAAAAUAAACACCGCGUUGAGCGUGUCAUAUACAAUA